AUUCGUGUCGCAACAGUGAGAGCGUGUAGACAUCUCAAGUUCGUAACUCUUGUAUUCACACAUAUUUAUACCUAUUAAACUGGGCUUUCACACACGCAGACACAUACAGCAGUGAGAGAGCGCGCGCGCACAUACCGAAAGUCAAGAAAACCAGCUUAGAGCGAGCUGACAAGUGUGUGUCUCGCAAACAGCAUCCGCGCCGUCUCGUGCAACGGAAAGAGUCAAAGCUACCUGUAUAUUUGGUGUCUUCUCCGAAAGCAGCGAACGCAGAGCGCAAAUAGCUCAGCCGCAGCUUUUCUUCGGCAGUUAAAAGUUUAACACUGAGCAUUGCAGUCGCCGUUUCUCACGUCUCAACGUAGCAUUUAAUAGUAGGGUGUGGUGCCAAAAAAUUAUUUAUUUUAUAUCUACAAAACACACACAAACGAACUCAAACGCACAAACUAGCAAAGAAGUUCGUUAAGAAUGUGGCUAAAGAUUAAGAUUGAUUUGUGGGCAGCGCUGCUGCUGCUGCUUGUUGCACUCGCCACGCACGCAGAGGCGCAACGGACGCCAACAAUUUCGUAUAUAACACAGGAGCAGAUCAAGGACAUCGGCGGCACCGUUGAGUUCGACUGUUCGGUACAGUAUGCCAAGGAGUACAAUGUGCUCUUCCUCAAAACAGACUCGGAUCCCGUCUUCCUCUCCACGGGCUCAACGCUUGUGAUUAAAGACUCACGCUUCUCGCUGCGCUACGAUCCCAAUUCUUCCACGUACAAGCUACAGAUCAAGGACAUCCAAGAGACAGACGCGGGCACCUACACCUGCCAGGUGGUCAUCUCCACGGUGCACAAAGUUAGCGCCAAUGUGAAACUCUCUGUGCGUCGUCCACCCGUAAUUUCCGAUAAUUCCACACAAUCGAUUGUGGCCAGUGAGGGCAGCGAGGUGCAGAUGGAGUGCUAUGCCAGCGGUUAUCCAACACCGAGCAUCACAUGGCGUCGCGAAAACAAUGCCAUUCUGCCAACGGACAGCGCCACGUAUGUGGGAAAUAUACUGCGCAUCAAGUCGGUGAAGAAGGAGGAUCGUGGCACGUACUACUGUGUGGCGGACAAUGGUGUCAGCAAAGGGGAUCGUCGCAACAUCAAUGUUGAGGUGGAGUUUGCGCCGGUUAUAACUGUGCCCCGUCCACGUCUCGGCCAGGCGCUGCAAUACGACAUGGAUCUGGAGUGCCACAUUGAGGCAUAUCCGCCACCAGCGAUCGUAUGGACCAAGGAUGACAUCCAGCUGGCCAACAAUCAACAUUAUACCGUAUCGCAUUUUGCCACCGCCGAUGAGUAUACCGAUUCGACGCUGCGCGUGAUUACCAUUGAGAAGCGUCAGUAUGGCGACUAUGUGUGCAAGGCAACCAAUCGCUUUGGCGAUGCCGAGGCGCGCGUCAAUCUCUUCGAGACGAUCAUACCCGUCUGCCCGCCGGCCUGUGGACAGGCGUACUAUGGCGGCGCCGAGCAUAUUGCUGCCUCGGCAUCAUCGCUUGCUCUGCUAUACAUUUUGUUAACGCUACUUUACUCCAGAUAAGCCAAAACGAGUAGCCAACCACGCAACCACGCAACCACCACCCACCAUGAUCCACAUCAAAUCCAUCAGCUCUCGAAUAUAGUAAACACAACACACACAUAUACAUUUAUCAAGUAUAUAGCUAUCGAUAAAAGAUAUCAUCUGUAGAGACAUUCUCCUUUCGAAAUGUGUCGCAAAUUCUACAUAUUCUUCAAGCCAACACAGCAUAUUUUAAUUUUGUUGUAUUUACUUUUCCCCUUUCUACUUACUCCUAUAUACUCCCAAGCUAUAAGACGUCCAACCUUAUGUAUUAAGUUAAGUAUACUAAGUUUAAAAUGAGCUCACGAACGAAUCACAGCGCCUCUUAAUCUAAUUUAGUACGAGCCUCUAACCCAAAUACCGACUCAAUUCAAAUCCCGUCCGUUAUCUAUGUUUUUUUCUGUAUAUUUUUUAAAUAUCUUUAUAAGGUAAUGACUCGAUAUAUAUAUAUAUAUAUAUUCUCGAUAUAGAAACACUCACAAACAUCACAAAAGAAAAAGAAGCCAACGCAACGCUGUCAAAAAUCCAUUCCGCUUACAUCAUGAUUAUGGGGAUAUUUUAUGUUUAUUAAAUAAAUAAUAAAGUAUUUUCGUGCUGCAAUGUAAUUAAGUUGAUAUAUCUGAUCAAUUCGAUUACAAUUCGAGAUACAAUUACAAAGAUACAAUUACGAACGAAUAGAAGCAACAACAACAAAUUUCAAACGUUGUGCACAUCAUUAGCUCUUAAGCUCAAUUCGAAAUAAACAAAAUACUUUUGAAUAACAAUUGAUACCC